AUGGCAUCUUCUUUAAAGGAAUCUGAAUCACGUGAUGAUAGAGUAGAUAAAACCCACCGAGUGAGAGUGACUUUUUUGGCUUCUGAAUGGGGAUCAAGCAAAGGAGGGCUUUCCACCAUCAACAGGGAGUUGGCCAUUCAGUUAGCCAAAUGUCCUGAAGUGGAAGUCUCUUUCUUUUUACCACAAUGCAGUCAAGACGACAAGAAGUUAGCCCUGAAGCAUAAUGUAAAGAUCGUUGAGGCAGCACCACUGCCUGGCUUUGAGCAACUGGACUGGCUCUGCUUUCCGCCUGAAGAUUUGCAAAUCGACAUUAUCAUAGGUCAUGGAGCUAAACUCGGUAAACAGGCACAAAUCAUUAAAAGAUCUAAACGGUGCAAAUGGGUUCAAGUGGUGCACACAGAUCCAGAGGAACUUGGAAUGUUUAAAAACUAUUCAGAUGGAAUUUCAAAGGGCGUAGAAAAACACAAGACAGAAAUAAAACUGUGUGAAAUGGCGGAUCAUGUUGUUGGGGUUGGCCCCAAGUUGAGCGAGGCCUUUCGCUCCUAUCUUCGCAGCUGCCAAAAAGAUGACAAUGUUGUUGACUUCACUCCGGGAGUAUUUGAAGAGUUUGCGGCUGUGAAGCAGGCUCCUAGCGAAAGGCAACAACGCAGUGUCUUGGUGUUUGGUCGUGGAGACGUAGAGGAUUUCAAACUGAAAGGGUUUGACAUCGCUGGGAAAGCGGUUGCUGAAUUAGAAGAUACCCGUCUUGUGUUCGUUGGAGCUCCAGAUGGGAAACACGAAGAAAUAGCAAACCGGUUGACCGAAUGUGGUGUUCCUGCAAGUCGCUUGAGAGUAAGGGAAUUUCUUCCAGACCGAGAGAGUUUGAAACGCUUGUUUCAAGAAGUAGAUCUUGUAGUCAUGCCUUCAAGAACAGAAGGCUUUGGGUUAACAGGACUUGAGGCCCUGUCAGCUGGUCUUCCUGUGCUUGUCAGCCGCAACUCUGGUUUUGGAGAAGCCCUGUGUAGUUUAUCCUCUGGUUCAAUGUCUGUGAUUAACACAGAGGACCCCGCAGAGUGGACCUCAGCCAUUAAGAAAGUCUGGGCUAAGGACAGGAAAAACCGACUUGAGGAAGCGGAAACCUUGCGUUGUUCUUACGAAAGGAAAUAUAACUGGGCCAAGCAGAUAAACGAUCUUAUUGAGAAGAUGAUCAGCUGGAUCCAAGGUAGGAAUGUCUAUUUUUUUUUUAUGUUUGUUUUUUUGCUUUGAUUUUUUGUAACAAGUAUACUCUCUUCGUGAUUAAAAUUGAAUUAAAGAAACUAAUAGAAAAUUAUCGAAAAACAAACAAUCAAACAAACAAAACAAAAGAAAAACAAAAUCUGAAAAUAAAAUAAAAUAAAACUAAACUAAGCAGACACACUUUUAUUUUGAAAUCGCAAUAGAAAUGUUGGCAACUAUUCAGCCUUUUCCAAGCUUCAGGAUAGCAAUACGUGGAAAACUGUUUCCCUUUAGAUAUUGUUGUAAGAUUUUUAAUUCAUAACCAUCUGUCAUAUGCUUCAUCCACAGCUCACUUUUAUAAUUAUCUCUUGUGUCCAUAUUUACCGUAAAAGCCCAGUUCCAUUUGUUUUAUCUUUAACAGAUGAUUCUUCAAAUGUCACAAGCCCCUCAGAAACAACAGGCAGAACGUUUUCAUCUGCCUGCAAAACUUCUCAGCGGACGGAAGGUAUGGACGAGCACCGCGCAGGUAAUUUCUCCUAUCCUGAAAAACUUUUAUUACGAUCAGUACAAUAAUAUUGCCCUUGAAGGGGUGUUCUGUGCUCAAAAAAGCGUUAUCAUACUUUAACAAUUGUUCAAAACUUCAAUUGCAAUUUAAGACAUUGAUAAUUGGCAGCAUGUUGCGCUUUCUUGUUUUUUCGUCUUGGCGUACACUUACUGAUGCGUUCUUAACUUUUCACUGAGAUUUGCCGUAAAUUGGCUUUGGCUUUCUCGCUUUCUAUAGUUAUAACCACCUUAGUGAGAGAGACAAUUGUUGGCUUCACACUAGAGCUUGCAAGCAUAAUGUAAGUGUACCUGGAACCUACUUCGAGUGUGAAGAGGUAAUAUGUGCCAACUUUAACUUUACUUGGUGAUCAUGGAAACGAUUCUAGUUAAAUGAAGCCGAAGUUCGCCGCCAAGUAUCGGGUAUACACUAUGAACGGACAGAUAAACAUUCAACACGUCUUAGCUAAGAGCAUUGCGGAAGAGUCCAAGCCCAAAGCUCUUCGGCGAUUUCUUUGCCAAAGAGCGCGUUGUUGAGCCGUUCUAAAGAAAUACAGAGGAAGACUUCGCUUGUGUUUUUUUUCUAUGACACUGCUAAGUACUUGUAAAAAGCGAAGUACGUAAGCAUGUCUGUUAGGGUCAAAACCCUUUGAGUUCAAAGUACUCAAAAAAUAUACAACUAUUUCGAGAAAGGUUGUCACAAAAAGUGCACGUGACAGUCCCGAAAGGUAUUGUGGGUGGUUUUGAUUUCACUGUUCUGAAGGUGGCUCGACCCAGUCUUUUUGUAGGUAGACCUUCCAUCUUUGAAUCUCUUUGACUUAAACAAAUUUAUCUUUUUUGUAAAACUAUUGUAAACACAUGUAUUACACAUAGACUUAACUUUAUCAUGAUAUUAUUUUGGGGUCGAUCGAAAUAUAUAUAUCACGUGACAAUGACGUCACAAUAGUUUUAGCUCUAAAUCGAAUUGCACCCCUUAUCGGCAUUUUCUUUAGAAAAGCUUGAUGUUUCCUAUACUUUGGGUGCUUGUCUUCUGUUGUGCGAAGUUUCACAAAAAUCUACAAGAAGGUAAACUGAAGACUGGAGUCAAUGCAGACAAAUUUGCUACUUUUUGGAUGUUUCUGAAAAGUUUUUAUCACUCGUUCGUUUGGCAAAUGACCCUCAUACACUCUACAACCGGCUAAAAGCGAGUAGACUUCCGCGAUUUCGAAAAACACGAAAACAUUUAAAUCAGGGUAAAACGCAAUGCUGAGCUCUUUUUGUAAUUGUGUGGUUCCAGAAAAUAGCCAUACCACCCCCACAAAGGGGAUUUGCCGUAUGAACCCCCUCCCCUCUGGAUUUUCCAAAAUCGGCCCUCAAAAUUCACCCCCCUCAACCCUCCAGAACUUCCAAAAUUUUCGCACACCCCGUGAAACUAUUGCUAUCUCUUAUUGAAGUGAACAAAUAAGUAGUUUCGUUCACUAGGAUGUCAAAUUUUGUGAGUUUCAUGUAUUUUCUGUUGAAUUCUAUAACAGAUAAGUGCAUUCCUUAUGCGCUCAAGUCACGAUCAAAUUUUCUACAAGGAGAUAAACAAAAAUUCUUUUGUGCUCAAGUCACGAAGAAAUUGUUGAAAAAGUUCUUCAAAUGAAAUACAAGGUCGCGUAGGAAAUAUAAGCCUUUUUCCUCGCUUAAUUUAAUCCACCGUGUUAGACCAGCUGUUGGCUGCUAUUUCCGCUGGGCAAACUGCCAUUAUCGCUAGGUUUUGCAUGCGUGUCUUUUUUUUGUUAAGUAUAUCAAUUAGUAGUCUGCUACACAGCCGUUUUUAGUGUCGUCACGCAACGCUCCCAGUGGGAAGGAGCGUUGCGUGACGACACUAAAAACGCCUAUGUAGCAGACUAAUCAAUUAGGUUUUCUCAGCCAUCAGUACUAGUGUAGACUUCGAUCCGUCAACUUCAGCUCGGCAUUGGGCCAUAGGUUCUCUGUGCACCAGUUUUUAUGUCAAGGCUAAUCAGGUUUUCUGCGUGUGCAAACCAAAGAUAGUACUCUCUUUUCUUUAUGUUUUGGGGUUCAGUUUUUUGGUUCUUUAAUUCCUUUUAAUCGUUUUUUUGGUUAAGUUUAGUUUAGGAGCUGUUUUUUAUUGCUCUUUUAUUGUUACCGAGUCGGCUAUUCUCGGAAUAUUGUUACAUUCUGGAGUUAUUAGGUUAGGUUUAUACUGAUCUUUAAUAUAGAGUUUAUUCAUUAUUAGCUGCUGUCUUAGUAUAGUCAUCGUAUAUUUGAUUAUUUUCUUAGCCUUUCGUUUGAUUUGCGUAAGUAAGUAAUUGACAUUUCUUAGUUGCUAUCGUUAUUGCGAAUGGUAGCUGUAAUUUUCUCGAAUACAUGAGUUUAUCCUAGAUUAUUAGUUACAUUAGUUUUUCCCUUUUUACUGUUUUAUUUCAGUUCGAAACCACAAUCACGACAUAUCACGACACUCGGCUUUAUGGGACGUGGUUAACACUUUUUCAUCUUGGCAUGCAAUCAGCUUCAAUUGAACUUAUCAAACAUUGAACUUUGAUUAAACUUGCUGAUGGUAAUCAGAACUUUUCGUCGAGUUCGUUUUUUAUGCACCGCUCUUGUCUCUCUUCUACCCUUGUUAUUUACUUGGAUUUUUCUUUCUUAUCCUUGUAAGUGACAGACGGAAGGUGUACCUAGAAAGAUGCUGGGUCGAGCCACCUUAAAGAAAUUUGAAAGAGUAGCUUGUGAGGCCAUACCCAGGGUACCAGAGGUUUUUCUCGCUUGCGGUGGGAAUUUUCGGUGUGGGCCGAAGGCCGACACAUCUUUGGCCUUAACUACUAAUGAGGCCAUAGACGUAUGUUUGUGAGUGCUAAAGGAAAGCAACAAAAAUAGGUGCGACAGCUUCAGUGUCAGGAAUAGUGUAUUGAGCAUAUCCCUUUUGGGAUUGUCGCGUGGACAUUUUUACCAACAACCUUUCUUGAAAUAGCUGUAUACGAAACUACAAAAAAACUCUUUUCCAACGCAAAGGCCUCAUGUGGUUGUAGCUUCAUAGUGGUAGUAUUUUACCGUGAAAGAAGAUUGACACCUUUUACUUCAAGUAAUAUACUUUUUUUGCAAGUGUGAAGCCAUGUUUUCUACAGAGCAACUUAAGAUUUCCAAGUGCACUUAAAUGAAGUGCUUACUUGAAACUAACUCCUCUUCUAGGGUGAAGCUAACAAAUAUAUCUUCAACUUCGCUUUGCACAUUUCGAUCACCCCCUCCCCCUCCCUCCCUAAUAUACUGCAACCAAUAUUUUAAAACUGCAAUUAAUCAAGGUCAAACAUAAGUCCUCUGCGCCCCGUGAUUCAGUUAAUAGUAAACAAGGACUAAAAAAGCAAUUAAUAGAGAGGAGAAGUGUAACGUCACGUUACCAUGGUAGAAAAAUGUUUGGAUCACAACAAUGGGGAGCUUAAAGGUCAAAUGAACCAAAAAGUGAAAUAUUUUCUUUUGUCGCUUUACCUUCAGCAAACACUAAAAAGAACCAUCGUAAGUAAGAUUUGGGUAAAGAUUUUUACAUAAUAAAACUACAAGGCUUGCAAAUUCUGUGGCCGGCCGCAGCACAACGCCUUCUGAAUUUUGUCCAUUUUCUCCCACUUCCACACGUCCCUCGCUACCCAGCCUCCCGAAUAUCAAAGCCAGAUAGUUUGCGAAGGUCGAUGUCAAAAAUGGUCGAGAUUGCUUGCCUCUAAUGACCUAAAGUGACGCCACGAAUUUUCACAUGCGCCCCAAAAUCGCCAUUGUCAUAGGAUGUGCACCAAAGUGGACGAUCAUUACGGCCGUAUAAAAUUCAAAUGAACGACAAUUAACCCUUGUCACCUCCCCACAGCCCACGUCGUACCCGCCAAAAAUGACGGUUGGAAGCGGCUGAUGCAGGUCAUAAUAUCAUGAUUAUUUUUUUUGCUGUAAGUCGCCUUUCGCUUGGCAUCAAAAAUUUGAAUAUAACCUGAGAUUAGAGCAGAAUGACCAUGAAAUACUCUUUGUGUUUACUCGUCACGCCGUUGUGUGGCGGCUGGCCGCCAAGUUUGCAAGCCUUGUCGUUUUAUUAUGUAUUAGUCGGGGGGUGUCAGAUUCAAGUGACUGAAAACGCCACAAAAUCGCAGAACACGACACUAAAAACAUACGGUUAGUUAUCUUUAUUCAUUUUUUCUUACAUUAUAGUUACAUUUGGGAUCAAAAGGUGCAAAAUUCUGUGUUUUAUGAAGCAUUCCUACUGAUCACUUGAAUCAAGCCGAGUGCAGGCUUACGAAUUACAGUUAAUUUAUGGGAUCACAUGCCCACGUGACAUCACGAUCCCUCGAACAGUUCGGAUGGUCCGCCUGUGGUUGACUAUGUUUGUUUGUGUCGUUCUGUGCUGUUUUGUGAGAGUUAUGACUUAGACUGAAUGAAAUAUACGAGGUGCGAACGUUUGCUCCUUUGUAAAGCCUUUUUAUUUGUUUUGUUGUCGUUGUUUUUUUUUGUCACUUGAAAAUUAGUUUGGAUUCAGAACAACCAAUGUUAGAUUAAAAACGGGUCAUUCCGCCAGUCUGAGGUGGAAUAAAAUGUUUUGCGGAACAUUUCCAAAGAGGCGAGUAUCUUUCUGAUAAUUGUGCAUUCAAUUUGUGAGUUGAUUUUGUGUCCAGAACUUCGCCUUCUUUCGCCGGGCUGAAUUAAAACCCGCUUGUAUUCUGUUAUUAGUAGUUACAGUUACUUUUUUACGUGCCCCUAUGCCCAGAUUUAUUUACCUCUGCAGAACCAGCGUCGUCCUUGUGUUCAAUCAAAGAACCGUAAUGCUAUAAACGCAUGCGAGUGAACAAACUUGCGCGCUGAAAACUUUCUCGGAAAUCAGAAUCCCAGCAAGCUUGCUCGAGAAAAGACUACUUCGAUCAUUUUUCUGUUGCUCAUGUAAUAAUAGUCGGAGCUUUUUUGUUUUUUCAUUUUUAAUUACAUAUUUUUGUUUUCUUUCUGUACGCAAAUUUUUCUUUUCAAGUGCUGUGAAGUAGCUGAGAACGACAACUGCGGGCAUUGACUUCGAAACAAUAGAUUGACUCUUUGCCCGUAAGCAAUUGCAGGAGCUGGAUUUGACUGAAGGGAGCAAAACAAACCCUUAUGUGCUGUUUUCUGUAUUUUCUAAUCAUUCAGUUUGCUGAGUGUAAUUUGCUUGAAUGAAGACCCUUGCAUGAACCAGUUAUUAAAAAUAGCUAAAUGGUGAAUCGUAGCUUGGUUGCGGAGCUUGCAACUGAUCUUUUGCUUUUAAGAUCUUUAAGUGGGCUGUUUUUGUACAGAAAAUUCACUUCUUCAUUGUCCGCAGGUAUAAGAGCCUUAGCCUCAACCUCGUUCCCAGGGUUCUCUCCUACCCGUCCCUAUGGAGCAAGAGAGAGAGAGACCCUUGUUGGGUCUGGUCACGUGGCUCCAAAACAAAAUUAAUUCUGAGGGAGGAGUCCUUUCUAUCACAAUUUUGUGUCUCGUUCACGCAAUGAUCGCAAGGUUCCGCAAGAGCAAGAUAGAUUUGCUAACCCUACAACUAUAACUGAAACCAUGGGAAAUUUCUACUCAAAUAGAACUUCCACAAGACAAACAAGUUUAUUAUUUUACCAGAGGUGAAAGUGAAAACUUGCGUUAUCGCGGUUUAACCGACGACAUCAAUCGCUAGUAAAAAUCUAUGAUCUUGAGUUCUACACAAGCGUGUUUAUAUUGAAGGGAAAAUCCCUCUAUGUUAAACUUGCAUUAAAAGUAGCAAUGUUUGCCUGACAGCGGGUGCUGGUAAUCGGGUCGAAUCAGUAUACUGCAAAAUCUACAUCAUAAGCGAUCUUAGCUAGCGCCCCCGGAGCAGGGAAUUCAUAUUUGCUGAACCAUCACAAUAAUAUUUUAGAUCUAGUGACUUUACGGAAAGCUAUAGUCUAAAAUGAAAUGUCUGCUUUUUCUACCCCCUAACCCGCCUUUGUUACGAUGGGCAAUAGAAAAACGUAUCGCUUUUAGUGGUAGAUAGAGAUACUGGAAUAUAGGAGAGAGAAUCUGGGAACAAGGCUGCCUUAGCCUUAUGUCUAUUUAAUGAAAAUUUGUUGAUUUGCAACCUUUUUGAAGCUUUUUAGUUCACAUAAGCUGAAUUUUAUGCAUGAUGGAAUUGUUCUUUGCUUGUCGUAUCUCUUUGCGAUCUUAAAGUGGCAUCUAUGGUUGUUAAAGUGACUUCAGUCGGUAAUUCAGUCAUAUACACAACUGGACAAAAUUUUUUGCAAUAAAUAUAACUUUAAUUUUGUUUGAAGGAAAUCUUACGCGUAGGUUUUUGACAGGUGUUAUGCAUGUUCAACUUGACAAGGCAAAGCAAAAUUUAUCUGGGCGAAAGGAUCAAGUUUAAUAUAUAGAUUUAGCCAGGGCUGAAAGCGAAACUCUCUAUAAUAUUUAUAGUUUGUUCAAACAAAAUAUAAAAUCGUGUAAUGCUAAGCGUCGAAGGCAACGCCGGAGAACAGUGAAAAACAGCAGUAGGUCUAAUAGGCCAUUUUACAGUUGUGUGCUUAGUGCCCUGGCCUUUGAAUAGACGCGAGGCUGGCGGUGACCUUGUUUUGUUACAAACCUGCCUGCUUUUCAAGUGCAAAUCGUGGUAUUCUCAUGCUAACAAGCCCGUGAACAUGAUCAUUUACAUAUGAAAAACAAGAAGGUUUGUAGCGAAACAAGGUCACCGCCAGCCUCGCGUCUAUUCAAAGGCCAGGGCACUGAGCACACAACAGUAAAAUGGCCUAUUAGCAAAAAAACAACUUGGCAUGUGCAGCACACUUUUUUUUGUACAUUGCUUUCCAGUUGUUUUGCACGAUUACAACGUUAAACUUUCAGAAACUUCUUAGUUACACGUUUUUUGGAGGAAACGUACGUCUUCUCGUUCACUUUUUUUUCACUGUCGCUCAUUUUCACCUUGCAUUGGUGGCCGCUAGCAUUUCUCCUUUUGUCACCGCCGCUACAAAAUUUUCAUGUUGUUCUUCCAACAACAACAAAAAAAUGUCUCCUUUUCUUUUUAUCUCUAGCUCUAGAUCUCUGUCGCCCUUUUUCUCAUUGAGCUUCACUGGCCUGCCGCCUACUUUCUCUUUUUCUCUGUCUUUCUCUUGCUCUAUAUUCCAAAUUUGUGGACAUGACAAAUAAUCUAAGCCUAAUACUUUAGACAACACGGAUACAGAAACAAUUUCUGCUUUCCGUUUUCGUCUUUAUUGACUCUUUAGUUGUCUCUGCUUUACAAGGCGUGGGUGGUUAUGCGAUUUCCCGCCAAAAUAACUUCGAGUUGCAUUUGGGUUGCCAUACCUGUUGAUUGAGUUAUUUUACAUUGGUAUGCCUGUGGUGCGGACGGACGGACGGUUGAUCGAUCGCUCGAUCACUCGGUGUAUGUUCACGUGAUUACCAAAUUUUCUGGAAUGGAUAGAUUUACUUAGCUAUGGGGCUCCGCUAAAAAGUAUAGUUGCUUUGAAACCGAUUUUGGGAAGAUUUUACUAAAUAAAGAUUAAGACGGAAUGCGUCAGGAAAUUGAGUAAUUUUAAUUUUCAGUGGACAAAAUCCUUUUACCAGAAUAAUCUAAAGCAUAUUGCAUUCUUUUUUACAUUUUUCAAGGGCUAUAGAUGUAACUAGUUAUGUGUAAUAACACCUUAGAAAAUUUCUUAUGGGCACCCGAGAAAAUGACAGCUUGCCAUGAACUUUUCAGAAUUUUACCUGUGUUUUCACCAUUCUUGUGAAAUUUGACAUUCAUUUUCUCGGGCUCCCAUAAGAAAUUUUCUUUGGUGUUAUUACAGAUAACUAAUUACAUCUCUCACCCUUGAAAAAUGUAAGAAAAGAAUGCAGUAUUCUUUAAAUUAUUUUGGUACUAGGUUUUUGUCCACUGAAAAUUAAAAUUACUUAAUUUCCUGGUGGAUUCCAUCUUAACCCUUUUUCUACCCACAUAUCAACGCCAAAACUUCUACAUUGAGGAUUUUGUUUGUAUUUUAGUGAUCUGGGAAACUACAAGUGUCCGAUCGAGCUUGGGUUUCAAAAUAUCAUCUCGAGUGCGACAAAGUUCAAUGACUUCAAACACUUUGUGGGCAAGCGUGAAUUUCUUUGGGCAAAUCACUAUACAAAGAUAUUUUGUUUUUGUGUCCACAGUGGAGCUCCACACCUUUUAUAUCCAGGAAAUUCCUUAUGAACACAUUUUGUGAUUGCAUCUUGGAAAAAAUCGGACCUACGCACGCACAUUUCCAGUACUGACAACGCAAGGAAAUUAAUGUCGUUAAAGUCCGUUUUACUAUGAUGUAUUCUUUGAGAAAAUUAAAGAAUAAGAAGGUUACAACCAAAGCUUGCAACUUUUGAAGACAAAUUGCUUGUUCUUUCUAGGUUUGUGGCCGCACAAACCACCAUAAUUUCUGCACUAAGUCGACUAGAAAAACGCUUUUUAAUUUCCCUUUUUUUUCACCUGACCAACAUUGACGUCAUACGCUGUUUUUGCCGACAAUUUUUCUGACCGCUCUACGAAGAUAAGGGCCAAAAAUAGCAAUUUUUAAUUGCGAAUAUCUCGGAGAUGCUUGCUUCAAUUUAGCUGAAACUUCAUAGUAUGUUUAUUUGGCUCAUAUUAAACACAUUUCACUAGAAUUGAACUAAAAAAAUGUCGAAAUUUUGGUUCAUUUGACCUUGAGCAACAACGACGGUGACAGCAACGAGAACGGCAAAAAAAAAUCCGUAGGUUUGUUUUAGCAAAACAACAACUUUGCACGCACUUGCACACACCUGUCAAGGGAUAUUUUAAAAAUGUCGAGGAACAAGUCAUUCGAUGUCAGAGCAAGGUUUGGAGCAAUUUAUAGUUUGCUUCUGAAACUAAAAAAAGUACCUUUUAAAGAAUACCACGAUAGGCAAUCAGCUUUUGUUUUCAUUUUAGUAAACAAUUAAUUUACUUGUCGCGAAAAUGUGAACUGGUGGCUCCUUCUACCUCACCUGGUAGUAAUAUAUUUUGAAAUUCAAAACAAUUUCACAGCUGAAUUUUGAGCGCCUUUUAGUUACCGACUUCUGCUCCAACGAUUUUUCUGAAAUUCGUCUGGCAUACUUAUUAUGUCAAUAAAAGCCGAUACCAGAAAUUUCAGUAAAAAUAUCAGCAAAAUUUUUACUGGACUUGAUUUUCUUUAAACACUAGGGUCCUUUUAAGCGCUAAUUUCUCAAGAAAUAUUUACCAUCAAUAAAAUCAGAAUAUUUCGUAUUAUUGCCGAAUGAUAUCUGUUGUUCUUUACAAAGUUUCGCAACCAUCGCUCUAAAAACGAAAAAGUUAUGACGGAAAAUUUGUCACUGCAAAAUGCUCCAAUAUUAAUGACCGAGCCACCUUAACAAACAAUCAACCGCCCCCUAAUUUACAUAAUCUAACAUCUGCUUGACCAGUCAUGUUAUUAGCCAAUCAGCGUUUACCAGAAGGGAAGCAAAUUUUGGCGGGAAUAAUGUCUCUUUCGAAAUCAAUUUUAGGGAAAAGUGAUGUGAAAGAGAAGAUCGCUCAGAAUAAUUCGCAGGUUUCUAAAGAAAGAAUGACAGGAAUUACAGUCAAACCAGGUCAAGAUUCCAUUCAUGAAUUAAUUAUUUGAAAAUUGAACCCGUUUGUCGCUUCUGUAACUUGUAGCCGGUAUCAAAUUGCAUUCAAAUAAUCGGUGAAUUUUUUACUGCAAUUUUUAGUAUACGAUGAAAUGGAAAAUAUUUCAAUGGAUGAAAUUUCUAUUUAGACAUUCUUCAAACUGGCAAGAAAACUGAGCAGGCAGAAAUUUCAUAAUGAACUGGCGUGUUUAUUCACUCCUCAUUACGCAAGCAAAAAUGCAGACUGAAAUCAACAACAACUAACAGAUGGCGGCGUUUUGGCCAAUCGGAACAGCGCAAAUCAUCCGUAUUGUUUCCUGUCUAGUCAGAAAAAAGUCCAGAUUCUGGCUUUUUUGCAUGUGAUCUGUGAAAGAAAUGUAUCAUGCCCUCCUCCCGAAAACAGAUUACAGAGAUAAAGGGAGAGGGCAUGAUCAUGGCAGGUUAUCACACGCCCGGUUCAUCGAGUAGGUGAAGACAACACAAAAAUUGUCGUUUUCUUUUUUCUAAACUUAGAUACGGUCCUUUUGGAUUCAACCCCAGAAAAUUUCGCCAACUUUUGUAAAAUUAAAUGAGAUUGAAUAAGAUCGAUGAAGUUUGAAACACUGCGAAUUCUCUUUUUUAAGUGACUUUUCGGUUUGUUGUCAUCCAAAAAAUUUUGCUACCAUAGCAACAUGACGUAACGACUUCUACUCUAUUGUUAGUGGUUUUACAGUGUGCCUACACGAACCGAGCCCUGAGGCCACCGAAAAAAUUUUGAGACAAAUUUUGAAAUUAGCCAAUCACAAGUCGAGCUCUAAACAAUGAAGUUGUGCAUAAUUUUGUACUCGGAGCCAGUUCAAAAUACGUUGCGAACCAUUUUUCUAAAAGAUAUAAAACAUAAGGAAUCGUGACGUUUUUGUAAAUCAAGCUGAAAAUGUUUUGACAACGCUGGUCUGGGUGUGGUGUAAUCAAAGCCAGCAGUAAAGAAAUUUUGAGCAAUCCGAACUAAAGGUGACGACCGCGCAUUUCACGGCAAACAGCGCUCAGUGAGUGAAUUGCUGUGUUGGUGAUUUGAGAGCCACGGUGGCUCGAAAACACUUCCCAGAAUCCAAAAACACUUCCCAGAAUCCAAAACACGUCCCAGAACCUAAAAACACUUCCCCAGAAUCCAAAACACGUCUCAGAACCCAGAAACACUUCCCAGAAUCCAAAACACUUCCCCAAAACCAAAACCACGUCCAAGAAUCCAAAGGCAUCCUGGACGUGUUUUGGAUUCUGGGAUGUGUUUAGCCGAGAAAACAGCCGACAUUUCGCGACGCUACCACUGGUUUCCUGCAAAAUGACGUCUGAGAAACGAGCGCAGAAAUUCCAUACUGAUGACGCGUCACUACCCAGAUCUGGGUAGUGCUCCUGAUUGGUUGAAUCAAAUUUCCCACACAGCACGACCAAUCAGAAGCACUACCCAGAUCUGGUAGUGACGCGUCAUCAGUAUGGAAUUUCUGCGCUCGUUUCUCGAACGUCAUGUGGCAGGGAAACCAGUGGUGGCGUUGCAAAAUGUCGGCUGUUAUCUCAGGCUAGGACUUGUUUUGGAUUCUGGCAAGUGUUUUUGGAUUCUGGGACAUGCUUUGGAUUCUGACAAGUGUUUUUGGAUUCUGGGAAGUGUUUUUGAAUUGUGAGACAUGUUUUGAAUUCUGGGAAGUGUUUUGGAAUUCUAAGUGCAUACUUAGGGACCUAAAGUCUAAAAUGACCCUUGUUUAAUUAAACAAGGGUCUAAUUAUUAGAGCUUCAGUGAUAUCCGUUAGGGUUACUUGUGCCUCUGAGGCACUAAAAUGAAUUUCUUCUACAUCCACAAAGCUAGAUUCUGUUACUUUCUAGGAGUUACUUUUGGAUUUUUUUUACAAAACCCCUGGUUUUUUUGUUUGUUUGUUUGUUUGUUUUUUAAGCAGCCUGUUUAUUUUUGUAGCGGGGUUAUUUCCUCCUUUUGUUAUCUCCCAGGGGUUAAAGUGAAUUUCUGCCAUACCCACAGACCAAGAUUCUGCUACCUUCCAGGGAUGCUUUUUGUUUUUAUUUAUUUUUAUUAUUUUUUUGAUAAGCACCCCUGUCUUUUCAGCAUGCAAAGAAAGUAUGUCCGAUUGCCCGGGGCUAGUGGAUUUUGCUAUCGGGCUGGUGAAUUCUGUUUUUGACUUGCCCGACUGGCAAUUGAUGUUUUUUGAGGAAUUUGAAUCACAGAAGAACUGUGAAAGUAAUUCUGUUCGUCAAAAAGCUUUUGAGGCUAGUUGAAAUGACGUCUGGGCUAGUAAAUGCUAGCUUCAACUUGCCCAAACCGCAAGCUGUAAAAAUGACUUUCUUUGCACCCCAUUUUUGUAAAGCAUCCCGGCUUUUCUUAAAGGGGAGUAUCUCCUUCUCCUUUUGGUACCUCGUAGGGGUUAAAAUGAAUUUCUUCCAUGCCCACAAAGCGAGAUUGAAUUUUUUUAUUUGACUAGCACCUCAGUUGUUUAAUAGGGUGGUAUCUCCUUCUCCUCCCCUUCCCCCACUCCCUGAGGACAUUAGCAACCAACAUUACAGGGCUGUCAGUAAGGGCCGGGAGGUGUGGAUUUCCUGGCUGCUAUGAGCAUGACCCCUGGCUACUUUAUUCAUAGGAAAUAAAAAGGAAAAUAGGACCGAAAGAAUUUCCAGGAUGUUCUAUUCCCUGCUCUGAAACUUGAAACCAUAGUGACAGCCCUGAACCCUAACCCAUAAAAGAAACUCUCUGCUCUGCUGGCUUUAUUUUCUGGUUUUCGAUCAUUCUAGAAAUCUACCCUCUGAUUGGUUGAUUGCUGUGGUUUUGAAAGGCCCGAGAAAUAUUUUUUUCUUCCUGUUUUGAAAAUGUUUUAGAACUGCAACUGCUUACUAGAUGCCAUUCAGAAUCAACUUAGUGUGCAGCAGAAAUCCUGCAUAACCAAGUUUAAAAGAUAAAUUUAUUGUCUAAAACUGUCCACACUGCAACCAGACAUCAUUUAGUGAAUUAAAAUGUCAGUAUCACCCACAAUCAUGUAAAAGCUAAGAUGUAAGCUUCCGGUCCCAAGACAAGCUGCUCAGUGCUUUUUUAUUGAGACCCAGAACCUAAGAUGUCAGAUUGAUAAACAUUUUCCCCAAAUACUUUUGAAUAACUGUUGUUUUAAAUGUCUCACUUCAAUUUCUUUUCUAUUUUGUUUAACUGACAGACCUGUCAGCAAGGAAGCAGCCCUCUAGCUCUGUGGCCACUAAGGAGGAGUUACCAGGUACUAUUAUAUCUAAAUAUAAAACGGAAGUGGUAGACAUACAGAAGAUUAAAAACGCUUAUUUUAAUAUGAAAAUGACUUUUGUCGUUUGUUAUAUUGCAAUAUAAAAUUAUCUUUAUUGUAGUAGUUGUUUAUUUAUAUUUCAAUAAUAAGUAGCAAAGAAGAAGUAUGAUGUGAUACUUCAAGCGUCAAAUUCUUUCUUUCAUUCAAUCUUUCUGUUAGAAUUUUGCUAAGGUAUUUUUAACCUGCGUUAACCGUCCUCGAGGCAAGUCAUAAAAAACAGGAAUUAUUUUUACCACUCAACCACAAACGUCACUAACGGCUUUGGAGAGGUAGCCCUCUAUUGGCGGUGUCUCCUCUCUGAACCUCUCUUUGUGGGGUAACGCCCCUUUACACUUGCUUUACUGAUGCAGUCUUCAAAGAUAUUUACAUCUACAUGUUACUCGGCCAAGGUUGCCCAUCCCGCCAUAUUCAGGGCCGGGUUGUUCGAAGCUGGGUUAAGAUAACUCAGGGUUAGUGUGAAAUUUGAACUCAGAUUUGAGAGCUUAAAAAUCAAAUUCAGUUUUAUUCUCUUUACGUACAAUUUGAUGAUUGGAUACUCUAAAAAGAAUAGAGAAAAUUAUUCGGGAGAGUGCUUUUGAUAAAAGGAAAAAGAAUCCCAGGUUAAAAUUUAACCCUAGGUUAGCGCUAACCGGCCUUCGAACAACUGGGCCCAGAAUUGUAAUUUUAAUAAUUAAUAAUUCUAUAUUUAGCUCGGUGAAAUUACAUUGUUAACUUUACAUAACUGAAAUUUGUGCUAGGUUAUAACUUUAUAAUGUAAGAGAAAUAAUAAGUGCGAGCUGGGGAAGCUAGAUAAACUGUUAGAUUUUCUAGUUAGCUUCUCAUCAAAUUAAAGUCAGUGUGUAAGCAGGUGAAAAAGAAGAAAAUAGAAUAGAUAAAUGAAUUAAUAAAUUCAAUUCAAUUAAUAAACUCAAUUAAAAAAGAGCAUUACUUCUACGUUGACCGUUGUAUUUAUAUUCCUACACUAUAUUCUGGUGUUUUAGAGCCCUGAUAUCUAUAUGCACUGUUACUUACAUUUCUUUUGGUGUAUCAUGAGUUGAGGAUAAUUUGUUUUUGAAUAUGGAAAUUUUAUUUAUAUUUGGUGAUCUGAUCAGUUUAUAUAAAUGAGGGCCUAUAUUUUGUGCGUCAACUACCACCCUUUAACUUUCCUCACCUGUUAAGAUAUCAAGUUAUAAACGAACAAUUCUUUAACAAAAAGGAACUUAAAAUUUUCUUUAACAGAUUCUCUCUGCCUCGAGGAGUGCCAGAAACAUCUGCGAUCAAUUUAUGAAACCAACAGCAAAGUCAAAAUCGUUCCGUGGGACCAAAGUUCUGCCGUUCAUAUUGAUGAAAUUUAUACCCAGUUGUCUUGGCUUAUGGAUGAGAAGAAGCCCAGCGGAGUAACACAGAAGGAACUUGAACACUACACCGACAUUUUUGACGGCGGAAGACUUCAUCAUACGCCUAAGCGCAUUUUGGUCCACGGACGACCAGGUAUCGGCAAGACCGUUUUUACGCAGAAAGCUACAUUUGAUUGGUCCCAACAGAAAUUUAAAGGAAAGUUAGGAAGAUUUGAUCUCGUACUUUUGGUCAAAUUACGCGAUGUUUGUAACCUCAACGAUGUUCCAGCCAUUCUGAGGAAUGCUAAUCUUCUCGCGAGUGAUAGCCCGAUUUCCACUGACAACCUGUACGAUUACGUUCGUCGCCACCAAGAAAACGUGUUGCUUAUUUUGGACGGCUACGAUGAAUACGUACACAGCGCAGCAAGCCAAUCACCUGUUCUUAAAAUCUGGGAGAAAAAGCAGUUGAGGGAUUGCUGUGUUGUUAUAACAUCUAGAGACAUGAAAGGAGAGGGACUGAAAAGUUCCAGCGAUGCUCAAUUUGAGAUCGACGGUUUUGACCUUAAGGGACAAGUAGAGUUCGCCGGUAGAUUCUUGAAAGAUGGUCAAGAUAUUAUAGAGUUUUUUGAAUACUUGAAGCAACAAGACCUGGAAGAUGUAGCAAAAAUACCUAUUUUGCUUUUAAUGUUGUUGUUGGUUUGGAAAGAAAAAGACUGUCGAGGACUGCCUUCAUCACGGCCGAUGAUAUAUUUUCAGUUUUUGCAGACUAUGUUUAAUCAUAUGUCAGAAAAACAAAAAAAGCGGGCGGAAAAAGUUGACGAUCACAAAGAAGAACUCUGUAAAGUAGGAGAACUAGCCUUUGACGCACUGCUACAAGAUUUACUUUAUUUUCCUCUCAGUAAACUGCCGGAUUACGUUUUGACUGAGAAACUGAUCGAGGCCGGGUUGUUUCAGCUGCUAAACAUGUCCGCUCUUAACCCGUGCAAAGCCGUGCACUUCAUUCACAAAUCCCUGCAGGAGUUUUUGGCUUCUUUAUUUCUAAAAGAAGAACUGUUAUCUCAAGAAAGUAAAAACAAUUCCCUUUUCAAAGUCGACUCAGUUGAAAAGAUCUUCAAGUUGAAGGAAGUUUUUAAAUUUGUUGCUGAAAUGUCAGAAGAAGCCGCGCGUGAGAUCUUGAUUCAUCUGUUGGGAAUGGCGGCGAAGGAAGACGGAGAGUACAGCUUCGACAACCAAGCACCGUCAGUCGAAGAUUUGUCAGAAACACAAAGAAAUCUUUUAACUCUAUGUACACAGUUAUUCUUCUGCUGUUCAGCAGAUACAAGAACAGAACUUUUCCCCACUUAUCUUUCUAAUCUAGGAGGUGUUUUGUUCAUUUUAAAUCCUGAGCAGCUGAAUAUUACAGCAAAGGAAAAUUUUGUUAAAACUACUGCUUCACUUUUGUACAUAUUUUUCUCUGACAGCUGCCAGUAUACAAAGCAAAGUUAUAAUAAUUUAAUUUGUUUAACACAGCAAUUAAAGGCUGUUAUAGUUAGUAGAACAGGAAAACAGAAAGCAUCAGAAUAUUUGACUGUAUUUCCAUGGCGUAGAGUAAACGAGUUUUUCUUAAUGAAAGAAGAAAACAACACUCACCUUUAUUUUACUCAUAUUGUAAAUAGUACAGAUGCUAGCAUUCCUUUUCCUUUUAAAAUGGUAAAGACGUUAGUUAGUUUAGAAGAGACAACAAAGAAGACAAACAUGAAUGGUGAUGAGUCAAGUGAAGAGAACAGCAGCAGCUGUUGUUCGAAGCGUCAUGGUCUCUCCAGGGUUCGGUGGAUUAUAGCUUAUGUCAACAGGUCAGAAGUGGAACUGAUGAUGGAGAUGAUGCUGUUUAUCACCGCUCCACACGUGGUAUGGGUUUGGGGUAAAGACGGUGAAGUGUUUGAUGCUGAGGUAACAGAGUCUCUGAUGAGGAGGAUCUCAACACACAAACUGGAGUGGUUAACACUCCAUGGUAUCAGUGUAACAUCAUCACCUGCCGUGGAGUUCAUCAACAGAGUAUUUGAACAAGAUCUUCCAAACUUGAAGUUGCUCUACAUGUCAGACAAUCCUCUUCUGGGUGCAGGAGUCGACACCAUAAUUAAACAUCUCAGCAGCGCUCCUCACCUGGAGGAACUGAACCUUAGAGGUGUGAAGAUGACUCCACAGCAGGUGAUGAAUCUCGCAUCAGCUGUAAAGCAGCACGGAAACAUCACUGUACUUGGGACAGACUACCACGUAAGUUUUCCAAUUUUAUCGCAAUUUGUUUCUUUAUUCUUUGUUUACAGUUUAUUUCUACUCAGCUCUUGCCUUUGGCCAUUUUCCUUUCUUUGUCAUUUUUAUACUCGACAAAACACGAGAUUUGCUUUUGAAAUCAAAUCACAAACUUUAGCAGAUUCAAAAUAUCAUUUCAAAUUCAUUUCUUUCAACUGAUUAAACUAACUCCAUAAAAUGUUUUAACUGAGAACGUUUAGAACAAGUAACUGUAGCUGAUAUUAAAACAUGGAGUUGAACACAAGAAGAGAAAUUUCGUAUCUUUAAGCAGCCAUAAGAUGAUAUUAUCGGGUGAAAACAAGAACUUUUAGCAAAAACAAAAGCACAUAAUUUCCACAGUAUUAAUUUCUAAAUCAAUUUUAAUUCAUACCUUUUCAUAAAGUAACAAACAACAAUCAUAAAAGCAAUUGAAAGAUGUUCAGUUCAUGUUCAAUUCAAACAAAUGAGCUUAGUUUGGUAUUAAAAAAGAUGAAGAGUAAACACAUUGAACUCACAGUUUCACAUUUAUCGUCCAGGGCUUCCUACAAAAACAGUUUAAGUCUAGGGAAGUUAUUUUGAAAGUCCCGAAAACAGACAAGUCUUUUUUAUAGCUGUUGCUUUGUUAGUUCUUGAGCGUUUCUUUGGUAAAUACUGGUCCUUGCAGUUCGGUGAAGUGUUGGUUUUUGAAAUAACAACCCACAGAAAAAAAUUGUAUCUCCGAGACAACGGUUGAAAGCAACACCCAAAAAAUUUUCCUUACAGGUUAACACUUCGCUGUUCUCCACUGUAUAGCAUAAGUGUCCAUUGCAAGAUUUUCAUCGCGUAAAUAGCAUAAGUUUGUUUUCAACUUUCCAAGAACACUAGCUAUACAAAUCAAAUCGUGCGUAGCUUUGGGCUUUCGUGAAAUAUCCUAAUAAAUGAUGUUUCCUUGAGCUUCGAACAACUCCUUAGCAUAUUCCUGAGUAAAAAGAGAUAAAUCCCUGUCUUUUGCCGGUAUCAUUUCCUUGAUGUUUUCUUAUUAAAUUUUGAGUUCAUCCUGAACAGUUUGCCGUUGAAGAGCGAACUGAACAAACUACAAAAACAACAAACGAUGUCAUUCAAAGCCUAGUGACGUGGCGGCAGCUGAUUGGUUAAAUCUACCUCGGAUGAUGUUUCACGUGAUGACAUUUUCCCGCCUUUUGUUUUAUUACGUAACAAAUUCCGCCCGCAAAAAUACACUGUGAUCUGCGAAUUUUGUGUUUCUGAAUAUAUUUUCAAAAGAAAAGAAAAAGGAUUUGCAAGUGUUGAUUUUGAUUCUAUUAUUUUGAAUGCGAAUUUCUUGUACGUGCGCGUUGAUAAAGAUAAUGUUUCUCUUUCCAAUCCCGCUGAGAGGGGAGAGGUACAGGGGGGUAAAUCUCCCUCCUCCCUAAACUUGGUUUAAAAAUUGGCGACGGGUAACACUCGUUUCUUGAACUUAGUCGUAAAGGUCGUUUUUUGACCUUCAGCGCUUCGCCUCUACACCAACAUACCACACAAAGAAGGCGUAACCACCGUGUGUCUACUGCAGUUCUGGCCCCCUCUCUCCCUCUCUAUGUCACGCAACGCCGAGAGAGGGUCCAACCCCACAUCCCUUAGGUCCCUUAUCAUCACUCCAAAAGCCACUGAAUUACCUUUUCAUCGAUAUCUCCCUCCUCCCUGUUCUGUUUCUCUUUCUUCCGCCGAGAAGUCAGAAUUUUCGGUAGGAAAAAUUUCUCUCAACAAAUAACUGUAAAGACGCCUAAAAUAGUUUGUCAGUUGUUGUUGACACAUUAACCAUGUGCUCGUAUAAUUUUUGACAAGGUGCCGGGUUCGAAUCCUGCUCAGUACCCUUUCUUUUUUCCUUCUGUCUUUCUCAUUUUUUUUUUUUUUUCGUUUUCGUGUUUAUUUUGUUGUUGAUGUUUUUAAAUACAUACCUUCUAGAGCAAAGAUAGCAUAUUUAUGGAUAAACAAUCUGAAUUUCUAUCGUUUCCUACAAUUUUCAUUCCUUUUUUAUUAUAUUCUACAAAACUGAAACAGUAGCCACAUGCAGUCACAGACUGCCUUUUACUAUAUAGGCCAAGUUUUGACUGUUGAUCUUUGCUUUCGGCACGCGCGGCUUGUUUUGAACUUAGUUAAUCGUGUCAAAGUUGUUUUCAUAUUAACAAUUGUUUUUCGUUUGUCACUGUAAUCGCAUUGUACUUAAAAUGAAGGUUUUGAAAUGUGUACACGUCCACACUUUAUUAAAGGGAGAUUGGUGGUUUUAAGUAUUAUUUUGUAUUUUGUUGCAGGAUAAUAAAGGAAACCCCAAACCUGAACAUGAAUGGCCAUCAGAGGACGACUGGAAGACUGAGUACUCUGACCUCUCUUCUGAUUCAUCACCUGAAUCAGCGCAUGAGCAGGAGCAGGUUAGUCGUCACACACCUAUUUUUGUGAAAGUUUAUUUAUUAAAUAUUUAGUAAGACUUUCAGUGUUUGCGUGAACAGUUCUAUUUUUCUGUCCGUCAGAGAUAAUCAAAUACGCUCAGCAGCCUUGAUUUGUAAGUCUCCAUUACCGAGGAUUUUCGAGUUGGUGAUACUGAGUUAGUUUUUAAUACAGUAAAAACCCGCGUGUAGGAACCUAGUGCCUUCAUAACCUGCUGGUAGAAAUUUGCUUCUUUAUUACCCAACAGUAUAAGAACCAGGUUGGCCAAACGAGAUCAGGCAAGUUCUUAUCUGUGGGUUACAGUUAAAUUAAUCAUCAUCUAAAAACAUAGAUUGAACAGGAAAAGGUUAGUCACCAGCUUCGUUUCUUUAAGUUUAUGCUGCAGUCAUUGGAAACUCCGGCCCCCCGGCCCCCGGGACUUAGCGAGGAAUUUAACAUCGGGUUGGUGUUACAACACCGCUAAUUUCCCCGCUUCCCGGGCGAAGUAGUUUGUUAAAAGCCCCGUAUAGCAGGGAAUUAGUAAAGUGUAGUUCCAGGCUCGAUUUCAACCGCUCUGUCCGAUCUGGUAUUCUGUAUUUCUUAAAAUUCAAACCACCUGUUAAUAGAAACUCUCGAUAGCGUUCCUUCAAAUUCAUGAAAAAUGUUACCCUGUGUGCCAGAGGAUUUUUUUUCUUACCUAAUUCCUGAGAACGGACCUUUAAAGCCAGUGUAGAAAAAUGCGGCUAGAUCGCUUACAAAAAAGUAACUUCUGUAUGGUAUACUUGUAAGGGGAAGGGAUCUUAAGCGAAACUCGGGGGAUGUACUUCCUAUAUAUAAGCCAUAUAGGUACAGUCAACUCUCGCCUUGCGGACACCCCGAUAAUACGGACAGCAGCUAAAUUCCCCGGCAAAAACAAAUUACAGAUGUUUGACUUAAAGAAACUCGCGCUAUUACGGACUCUCGCUUCGUGAACUCAAAGAGAGAAUUAUCGAUCGAUGUAGUACAUGAGCAAUUAAGAAACACAAUUUAUGAGCAAAGUAUUUCACCAGUUGACGACACUAUGGCUGAAGACUUGAUUGUAAGCUGUCGUAGUCAAUGAAGCGAACAACCCAGUUGUCAAUGAAUGGCAGAUGAAUCGUGAUGUUACGCACGUCCAUGAGCGAGGGACGUGACAACUUUGCCAUGUUAGAAGACCGGCUUUUCCUUUAAAUAUUUCCUUCUAUUUAAUUUGGAGGUGUAAAUUUCGGAUACUGAGGAUAAAGAAGACACGGACAAAAAUAGGAACUCUGCGAAUUUCGCAUACAAGUUCAAGGCUUGACGUGAGGAAAAUAGGAGCUAUUACUGACAAGGUUUGGUGCCUAAGUAGAGCAUACAAUUGUAGCCCACGUCGAGGUUUCAGGGGGUUUGCUUUUUGUUUGUAUCUCUCAUAGAUAUCAUUAAUGAAUCGAUUAUUUGAAAACUGAAUCAAUUGGUCGUUGCCGCAACUAGUUAAUGAAAUACCAACAUACAUAGGAACAUGUCCGUACUAAGCGUCCUAACGUACUAAGACCGAAUAGAAUACCAACAUACACAGGAACAUGUCCGUACUAAGCGUACUAACGUACUAAGACCGAAUAGAAUACCAACAUACACAGGAACAUGUCCGUACUAAGCGUACUAACGUACUAAGACCGAAUAAAAUUCCAACAUACAUAGGAACGUGUUCGUACUAAGCGUACUAACGCACUGAGACCGAAUAAAAUACUAACAUACAUAAAACAUGGCCGUAGUAAGCGUACUAACGUACUGAGACCGAGUAAAAUACCAACAUACAUAUAACAUAGCCAUAGUACGCGUGCUAACGAACUAAAGCCGAAUUAGAUGCCAACAUUUUGAGAACAUCGCCGUAUUUAGUGUAUCGGUAACGUUUUCAAGGCUGCAAAAAAAUGCUAACGUACGUCGCGAACAUGACCGCGUUACCGGGCCGCGUUAACAAUAGGGAGCUUAAGCAACGACGACGGCGACAGCAAAGAGAACGGCAAAAAGCAAAAGGUUUAGACUGGCAAAACAACAACUUUGCACGUGCAUCACGCUUUAUUGUACAUUUCUUUGCCGUCACUGUACGGCUACAACGUGAAAGUUCCUAAUUUCACCUUUUGUCGAGGACAUGAACAAAGGACAACGACUUUCUUUUUCUUUUCCUGACCUUUGAUACAGUCUUUUAGAAUUCAACUCCAGAAAAAUUUGCCAACACUUGACGAAUUGAACGAGUUGGAAUAAGCGAGAUAAAGUUUGAAGUAGCGCGAAUUCACUUUUUAAGGGACAUUUUUGUAGCCGACGGCGACGGGAACGAGAAGGCAAAAAAGCAAUUGGUUUAGAUUGGCAAAAUAACAAGUUUGCACGUGCAUCACGCUCUUUUGUACAUUUCUUUGCCCUCGUUGCAACGUGAAAGUGCCUAAAUUUACGUUUUGUCGAGGACAUCAGGAACAUAAGACAACAACUUUCUUUUUCUCUUCCUGAACUUUGAUACAGUCCUUUAGAUUUCAACUCCAAAAAAGGUUUUCCAACAUUUGACGAGGUAAACGAGAUGGAAUGAGCGAGAUAAAGUUUAGAGCAACGCGACUUCACUUUUUAAGUGACGUCAUUGUAGCCGUCGCCGUCGUUGUUGCUUUAGCUCCCUGAUACAUGCGUAGGGCACUUAAGGUCAAAAGCUUUUAAAUCCUCUGUUUAAAUCAUUACUGCACAUACCUCGACUUUCGGGGACAUGCUGUAGCUGAUGCGGAAAAAGCAGGGAUUUAUCUCAAGGUUUCGGAAUCAGUUCCAAUCUUUAGGUUGCUCAAUUUAUCAACUCAAAUUUAUACUAUGCAACUGAAACCACGGAGAGACCACAAGACCCCGUACAUAAGAAAAUUUAUCGACCGUCAAAGCGGCACGACGAAAUUUGGACACUUCCCAUCAACAGAGCAGCUCUUUUUCUUUCACUAGAAGAUACUUUCAGUCGUCAUGAUCAAACUCAUCAUCACUUUGGUCAGUCAUGGAGAUGGGGGUUGCAGAGUUUUCCAAACUCAAAGAACUGUUUGCGAACGCGAGGAAAGUUCAGUCAUGCCCAAUACUUCCGCACUUUUACAGACCGUUAGAGCAGUUGAGGGAUCGUACGCUCCGUACAAACCAUCAGCAUUGCUAACAACCCGUAUUCUGAGCACAUACGGAGCGUACGUCUCAUUAUUACAUCGGGGCACUGUGUGUUAUGGUUCGUACGAUCCAUAUGCUUGAUUGAUACAGAUCGUAUUUAUUCCUCACUAUGAUAAGCUACAUACGCCAUAAAGCAAAACAAGCACACUCCAACAGUAGUAUUUCUUGUUCUAUAAGCCGUGAACCAAAACAGGCAUGCCACAAAUGUCAUAUUCCUUGUUGUAUAAGCUAAAAAGUGAAACAAGUGCUGUGCAAAAGUAUAAUAUAUCUCGUUCUUGCCACCCAAUGUUCGAUAUUUCCUGACCGUCGCUCUUAAUUUGGAGAGAUUCAGAUAGGACUUUCCAUUGAUAAUACAUGUAUUCUUUAGGAUGUCCCUGGGGGUGAUGCUUGCAUGUGGCCACAAGAACCAGGAGGCAAAGAAGCACCCGGUAGACCACAAACAAGU